CCCUGGGGUUUCCGGGCGCUGCGUGGGCGCCGCCGGGGCCGGGGGAAGCCGUGACCGCACGUUUCCACGCAGAAACCGAGUGGAAACAGUGUCGUCCCUCGGCGUAACUUUGCGUUGCGUUGCGUGAAACGUGCUCUCCUAACUGGUAGCCCUACCGCAGGACGGUGACCCUGCUUCUGGACACAAAGGACACUUUUACGUGAUAGAAUGGAUGAACAGUCGCAAGGCAUGCAGGGGCCUCCACCACCACCUUUUCAGCCUCAGAAAGCUUUGCGACCUGACAUGGGCUAUAAUACACUUGCCAACUUCCGAAUAGAGAAAAAGAUUGGCCGUGGACAGUUCAGUGAAGUUUACAGAGCAACCUGCCUGUUGGAUGGGGUGCCAGUAGCACUCAAAAAGGUUCAGAUAUUUGAUUUAAUGGAUGCCAAAGCCCGUGCUGACUGCAUCAAAGAAAUAGAUCUUCUUAAGCAACUGAAUCAUCCAAAUGUAAUUAAAUAUUAUGCCUCAUUCAUUGAAGACAAUGAACUGAACAUAGUGUUGGAAUUGGCUGAUGCUGGAGAUCUCUCUAGAAUGAUAAAGCAUUUUAAGAAACAGAAGAGAUUGAUACCUGAAAGAACAGUUUGGAAGUACUUUGUUCAACUUUGCAGCGCAUUGGAGCAUAUGCAUUCUCGUCGUGUCAUGCAUAGAGAUAUAAAACCAGCUAAUGUGUUCAUUACAGCUACAGGGGUUGUAAAACUUGGAGACCUUGGACUAGGACGAUUUUUCAGCUCCAAAACCACAGCUGCACAUUCUUUAGUUGGUACCCCUUAUUAUAUGUCUCCAGAGAGAAUACACGAAAAUGGUUACAACUUCAAAUCUGACAUCUGGUCUCUAGGCUGCCUGCUGUACGAGAUGGCUGCACUUCAGAGCCCUUUUUAUGGUGAUAAAAUGAACUUGUACUCCCUGUGCAAGAAGAUAGAACAGUGUGACUAUCCACCUCUCCCUUCAGAUCACUAUUCAGAGGAACUGCGACAAUUAGUUAAUAUGUGCAUCAACCCGGAUCCGGAGAAGCGACCAGACAUAACCUAUGUCUAUGAUGUAGCAAAACGUAUGCAUGCACACACUGCGAGCAGCUGAGUGGACAUCAGAUCAUGAAGAAAAGAACAGAAAUAUUCAAGUACUUUAAAUAGAUCGUCCCACCUUUUUCUUUGUGUGUUACAGAAAUGUAAUUAUUCAAAGCUUAUUGUUGUGCUUUGAAUUGUAAACCAGUUUAUAUAUAAAGCUUUUUUUAAUACCAACUUGCAGUUUUAAAACAGAUUGAAAUAUGUAAAGCAUAACUUUACCAGGAACCACUAUUUUCCAUUUUAAGUGAGUUCAAGUAUAUUUUUCUUUAAUAACAAAAUUGUAUUUAGUUGGACCUUAGUUAUAAAACAUAGUUGCACUUUUGCACAUGGUAUGGAUAUUAGGCUUAUUAUUCAGAAACAAAUUUCUGAAUCUCUCACGUUUUUAAUAACUUAUGGAAAACAUGAAUCAGCACAAUUAAAUUUAUUUUAAUCUAUGUUCUAAAAAGGACAUAAUAAUUAUAGAAGGUUAUUGUAUUUUACACUGAGUUGUAGUUGCAGUCCUCAACAUAAGAGGAGACUGAUGAUCUGAAUAUUCUAUACUUGCUAAGUGUGAUGGGAAGAGAGCUACUGGGAAAAAUGGUCACUGACAUUUUUGUUAAAUCCCUUUUCAUUUUGUUACUGUGGCGUAGUGCACAUAAGUUUGUUGGAGGUUUGGAGGGGAAAUAUAAGGUGUUGAUUGAUUCUGCAGUCUGAUCAUUUUCAAUAGACUCAUGCAACACUGUCCUGUGGCAAUAGGAAUCUACGCAGUUAAGUGUUAAAGCUGUACAGGUGCUUUUUGCAGCAAAUAAGGAACCUUUGAGGCUAGCAUAUAAGAGAAGAUCCAAUUUAAAAGAUGCAAUGUUUAAGUUACAACUUCCCAACUAUUUAUGUAUAUGUCACUGUAGAUUUUUGUAUUUAAAAUUGAGUGACUUUACAAUGUUGUAUUUAAAUUUAAAAAUGCUUUUUUUAAAUCUAGAAACCUUUUGGAAUUUUAUGUACAAUAAUACAAGUGUAUUUGUAAUGAAUAUCUGAUUUUAUAGACUGUAUCUAUUCUGAGAAGUAGUUUUAUAUUUAGCACAAGUACAUUUUAGCUUUUACUUUUAAAAGUAAGUUGCCACUCCUUCGUUUGGGAAGUAAAUACAUACAUACACACACACACACACACACACACACACACAUAUAUACACACACAUAUAUAUAUGUGUGUGUGUAUAUAUGCAAAAUAUCUUGCAAAUGCUUUAUUAAUUGAAAAAUGUUCAGAAUAUUUUGGUUAAAAACUGAUAUACUUAAGUAAUAUUUUUAUUGUUAAGAACAAGACACUUUUUUCCCCUUAAUAUGCUAAAAUUGAGUUUGUGAAAUUUCUUGAGUUUCAAGACAAAUUUUUAAAGAAUAUAGAAAGUUGUCAGAACGCAGGAUUGUUACCAGUUAAACUGCUAAUAAGCUGUUAAGGUCAGUUAAAUCUUUUCUUUAUAUAAGUAAGAAGAGGUUGAUUUAAAGAAAAGCUACAAUAUAUAUGAGUGCAUAAGGGUUCUAUAUACAGUCAGUUCCUGUACCCUCAAUUUUUUUGUGUGACUUUAAUUGUAAAGGCAACAUAAUAUUAUAUAAUGAACAAAAUAUAGCCAUGUAUCUGUACCUUAGACCAAUUCUUUUGAUUUGACAUAAUGCUCAAAAAAUAAAAAUCCAACUGUGGGUUUUAUGGACAAA